AUGUCCCAUGAGCUAUGUGAAUGGGCUGGACUUGAGGACUACAAGUAUAAUCAAGAAACCUACGACAAUCUUUUGGCGAAACUUGAUGGUUUCUUUCAAAGGAUAAAGCAGAGCGGUAAAGAUGUCACAGCCGCAGAUGUUGAGCAGGUCGCGUUUGUUGUUGUACGCGAUGCCCUCCGGGUUCACUGGCGCCACCGCUUAGGCGCUGGAGGCGGCUGUGAGGCAGUCUUCGAGGGCGAACUUCAAGGAACCCGGGCAUGCACAAAAGUUGCUGUAAAGGCUGUAUCUGGAAGAAACGGACGCGUCCGCUACCUUCAGCUUCUCAGCGAGAUCACUAUCUUGACAAAGAUAAAGAAGGUUGGGGUCAAGACCGUUGCUCGAUUGCCUUGA